AUGCUGUUCCUUUCGUUCCUGUGCUCGCUCUUCUUCCUGCCGGCGGUCUUCGCGGCCUGGGGCUGGACUGACAAUGGCUCAGAGUAUGUCAUUGACAGCGGUUCUGACCUCGUCAUCAAGGUGACCAAGUGCUGCGGUGACAUCUCUUCGCUCAACUAUAAGGGCGUCGAGUAUAACGGCUGGGGCGGCAAGAAUACCCACGUUGAAUCAGGACUCGGUACCAGCACGGUCAGCAUCACGAGCUACAGCAAUGUCAUCAAGGUCUCGGUCGUCCACGGCACUCUCAAGCACUGGAUCUUCGUCCGCUACGGAAACAACAAUGUGUACCUCUUCACGAACAAGGCAGACGACUCCGUCUCGGCCAUGCGCUACAUUGUUCGCAUUCCGGGCGGAAUUUUCUCCCACGACUCUACCGAGAGUGACUUCUAUGAUGCCAGCAGCACCAUCAUCGAGGCCCAGGACAUCAACGUCAACAGCGCUGGCUUGACUAAGAGCAAGCACUACCAAGGCUCCAACUAUGGCCGAAGCAACCACGAAAAGGCCAGCGGCGGGCCCUUCUUCCGGUCUCUUGUCCGUCGCGCGGACCCGACUGGUGAGGACUUGUACGACAUCUACUACUACAACAUGGGCCACACCGAUCCCAUGCGCACCGGUCUCCAAGGCCCCUCCGUCCUGGCCUUUACCGCUGGCGAGGACCCCAACAGCAACCUCUUUGCCCGCAAGGCCGACUGGUCCUGGUUCGAUGACCUUGGUCUCGAUGGCUGGGUUCCCGCCUCUGGCCGCGGCUACGCCUCCGGCGUCGGUCUCUCUAACAUGAAGUCUGGCAAGACAUACGUCGUCGGGCUGUCCAACUCCGCCGCCCAGUACUGGGGAACCGCCGGCUCCGGCGGCGCCUGGUCCAUCACCAAGAUCAUUCCCGGCACCUAUACCCUGACCGUCUACAAGGACGAGCUCGAGGUCGCCACGUCCUCCGUCACCAUCAAGGCUGGCGCCGGUACUGCCGUCAACACCAUCACCUGCGUGGACCCCCAGGAUGACGCUGUCAUUUGGCGCAUCGGCGAGUGGGAUGGAACCCCCAAGGGCUUCUUGAACUUUGAGGACACCCCCAUGAAGCCCACUUACAUGCACCCCUCCGACACCCGCAUCUCCACCUGGAAUGCGGGCAACUUCAUCGUCGGCACCCACAGCGCCAACCGCUUCCCCGGUUACAUGUGGAAGGAGGUCAACAGCGGCUACCUCGUCUACUUCAAGCUCACCACCGCCCAGCUCGCUGCCGGCCACACCGUCCGCAUCGGCAUCACGGAGGGCUACAUCGGCGGCCGCCCGGCCAUCAACGUCAACUCGUGGGCCUCGGCCCUCCCCGCGGCCACCAACCAGGCUAGCACCCGCUCGCUGACCGUCGGCACCUACCGCGGCAAUAACGUCAAGCUGACCUUUGCCGUGCCGCAGACCGCCUGGAUCCAGAGCACGAGCGAGUGGCAGAUCCUCACCAUCAACGUCAUUAGCGGCAGCACCGGCGAGAAGUACCUCAGCGCUGGUGUCAGCUUUGACGCUGUUGAGCUUCUGGCUUAGACGAAGUAGGACGGCAAUAUCAACCCCAAGGCUGUGGGAGAACGUUGAAGGUUUGACGACGCUUUGGACUUUGGGCUGCUGCAGCUCGGUGCUUUGCUGUCACUCAUCGUCUUCUGUGCCAUUUUUUC